UUUUGAAAAGUAACAUAUGGGGUUAACCUUUUGAAUCUUUUGAAUUCUUUGAUAGAUACAAAGACAUGACGGAUGGCAUAGUAUUAAGUCUCAGAAAAUGGCCGAAUCUGAUGCAUAUAACCCUUUUGAUUACAGUGGCGAUGAAGAAGGAAGAGAAGCAGCAUAUUUCCCUGACGAUUUCAAGCAAUAUGUGGACACUCAACUCAACCGCUGCCCAGUGGUGUAUGAUGUUUGUGGUAAAGAUGUCUUCUGUGGAUGGUUUUUCUGGAGCCGAGAAGACGACCAAUCCGGACAUCCUCCGUAUAUUUUGGAUCAAAAAAAAAAGAUCAAAGAUGUCCUUCGAAAGUGUAUACGCAAUUGGUUUGGAUAUCCAACAGUAUUUCAAUUUUGGGCACCCAUGACAAUGGACGGCCGGUCUUAUCUUACAACUCAAAACCAACCUUUCGCUCUUUCUACAUUUGAUAUAAGAAUUGAUGAAGUUAAAGGACUUUGUGGGUAUAGGAUGAUCUCUAUGGACUAUAAAUUUUACAUGGACAGAGAGAGUUCUGAUGAACAACUUGGGGUUCCUGGCCGUGUGUUCAACCAUGGAUUUCCCGAAUUCACUCCCAAUGUAGAAUAUUACUCUAUCAAAGAGUAUCCAUUGCGCAACCAUGCUUUACGUUGCCAAGUUAAACAAUCUUGGGCUAUUCCACUGUUUGAUCCUUCCACCCUCUUAUGUGUUGGUGUACUUGAGAUAGUUUCAACAAUGCCCUCAAAGCGAUUUCAAUCAUACCACGACUCUGUUUGGCUGAAAUUCCAUGAUUAUUUUAAGGAGGUAGGUCUGGAAUCUUCAAUAUCAGAUGCAAACCAUCGCACGGUACACUGUAAUGAUGUGAGACAAAGGGAAGCCGUAGAUGAAAUCAGCAAGGUGUUGAAAGUUGUGUGUGAAGUUCAUGGUUUACCUUUGGCUCAAGCAUGGGCUCCGUGCAGGGUAGACUGGAUGUGCAAGGCUCUGGUUAAGGGUGACAUCUUCCGUUUGAUUUGCCAUUUCAGUGAGUACUACAAAACCUUAAAUGUGGCCAGUGAUGCACAGCACUUAAGAAAGGGGCAAGGAGUUGUUGGGAGAGCAUUUUACUCCCCUAACGUAUUAUUGUGCAAUGAUGUAACCCAAUUUAGCAUAAUUGACUACCCAUUGGCACACUAUGCACGAGCUGAUGAAUUAGGUUGUUGUUUCGCAAUAUGCGUGCAAAGUAGUUGCACCGGAAAUGACAUUUACGUGUUAGAGUACUUUAUGCCGCCAAGCAACAAAGACUUUGGUAAUCAACAGAUUGCAUUGAGGAAAAUAUUGGAAACAAUGAAGAAAAAUUUCCAAACUUUUAAGUUUGCUUCUGGAGAAGAACUUGGGGCACAUUUAUGUAUUGAAAAAAUUUCUUGUCAGAAUGGUGAGAAACUUGAUUCUGUUCAAAUGUCCCAAACUACUAAAUCUUUGCCUAGGCUGGAGCCCUUACAAAGUGGAGGAGAGAUGACACAACUGGAUUUAUCAAAUCAACAAUCUAUGGAUGCAUUAAACAAUGAAAGCAUUGUUGUACGUGCGGAACGAAGCAACAUUGAUGUUACUUGUUCAAAGGAAAAAGGCAGAACAAAGAGGCCAAAAACAGUGCACAAUAAAACUGGAGUUAAAAUUAAAAUUCCUUUAGAUGAUAUCCUACAAAAUUCAAGAAGGAGCAUUGAGGUUGCUGCAAAUAACCUCAACGUUAGUCAAUCUACACUGAAGCGUAUUUGUAGACGUUAUGGUAUACCGAGGUGGCCACCACUGAAGAAUAUGGUUGGUUCCUCUCAACCUAGUGAAUCUUUCCCGGGUGUUGAUCAUCAACAAAUACCACAAUUAAGUUCUGUUCAGCCUUUUAGUCAAGCCUCAGCUGUUGUUCAUGCAAACCCACAUAAUACAGUGAUCCGAGAUGCAAAUAUUGUGACUGUGAAGGCAAAAUAUGUCAAUGAUAUUAUAAUAAAGUUUCUGCUGUCUUUGUCAUCGGGACUAGUUGAGUUGCAGCAGCAAAUCGCCAAUAGACUGCACUUAGAGGAUGGAACUUAUUAUGUCAAGUAUAAAGAUGAGGACGAUGACUUAAUUGUAAUAGCUUGUGAUCAGGAUUUACAACAUUAUAUAAGCACUUCUACAUCGUCGGGCAGCACUACCAUCGUGGUAUUCAUUGUUCCAAAGUAGUCAAUUGCGAGUGAUCAACUUGAAUCAUCUGAGUUUUUUUUGUUGCUGCUAUAUCCUCUUUUGUUCUAUCUAUUGAUUCUAAAGAUAGUUGUAGUUGGACUAUCAUGCCCUGUUUCUUCUGUUUUGUUUCAGGAAGGUUGGUAGUGUUUUGGGAUUUUUUGUUUUCUCUUGGCAGUUGGAUUCUGGGCAACUUUUUUCAUUUUUCCCUUUUGUAAUGAUGUAUUAGCAUUAAUAAAAUGUUACUUUCUUUGGUGAUAAAAAAAACAAAAAAAACAUCCUUCACUUCA